AUGGGGAAUGUUGCCAAUGUUGAUCGAAAUGCGGCCUUCGAAGAAACUAAACAGUUUGCUUUGCAAUCACUAGCAAGUGCGGCUUAUCAGAUAAAUACUCUUGCAAGGGAUCUGUUGGACAUGCUGGAUUUGCAAACUGAUAAGAUUUCGAGCCUUACUGGGCAAGUGGACAUUGUCGAUGUGGUUGUCAACAUCCACAAGGAGAAGCUUGCGCUACGUGAAAUUGGAGCCCUCACAACGAACAAGUCGCUGCAAAAGCAAGCAAAAAUCAUUGCUCCUGCAACACAGAAACCUGUCCAACGAUAUAAACGUACUCCUAUAGAUUUCUGUGUACUGGAUGGCAUGGUCAUGGUGUACGCGUCGAGGCAUGUUCCAUAUCAAAGUCGAGCAGGCUUGAUUUCUCGCGCAGCUUCCAGCGUAUUCGGUUCUCAACAGUAUGGUGGACAUUACGCUCAGUAUGAACGGACAGCUAAUAUCGAAACCAAUACGCUUGGUCGCUCAUCGGUUCGCAGUGGUCACCUAUCCCUGACUCCUUCAGAUCACUACAGAGUUCCCUUGGUUAUGCCAUUGAUCGGCUAUCGAGCCGCUGACUCUGAUGCAGCAUCCGAUUUUGGAAGAAUCAGCGUGCAGGACAAAUAUGGAACCUUACGAUUACAUCAGUCACAAGUUCCACGCGCCUCUAUGGUUGAUGGGGGAAGCGUACUUAGCGAAGAAAGGCCGGAUUCUCCAGGUUUACCGUUACCGCCACCCCAGCUUAGCUUAAACUAUGGAUGUAUCGGCAUGACAAGAGCGGAAGAGCUUCCUCCUCCCGCUAUGCAAAUGUUGAACUCAACCCAUGAAGAUGAACUUCUUCCGCCACCUCCACACUCACAGGCCAAUUUCUUCGACGCACAAGCUGACUGGAUUCCCCGAAAUUACAUAGAAAAAGCUGUUGCACUGUACGAUUAUGAUGCUGACAAACCGGAUGAGCUUUCACUACGGGAAAAUUGCAUCGUGUAUGUACUUCGAAAAAACGAUGAUGGAUGGUUCGAAGGAGUUUUGGAUGGAGUCACUGGACUUUUCCCUGGCAAUUAUGUUCUACUUGUUUGAUACCUUACAUAAGCUUUCAUUUAUACUGACCGCCUUUGUAUCUGAAUUUCUACUUUGUAUGCACUGAAGACUUGCAGCUAGAUGCUGCUCAUUCUUAAUGUUGAAACUUGAAGCAUCUGAUCUUCACGGGUAUCAAAGCUUGGUGGAGUUGAUUGUUCCAUGUUUUACAAAAACAUACGCAGUGAUUAUAUUUCAUUUCACGUUAUGAACUUGAU